AUGAUAAUGAUCCAGAAUGAUAAUGAUGAUGGUGGUGUUGGUGGUGGUGGUGGUGGUGGUGGUGGUGGUGGUGUCUUCAUUGAUAAGGUGCUCGGCAAAGUGCUCGGCAAAGUGCUCGGCAAAGUGCCCGGCAAAGUGCCCGGCAAAGUGCCCGGCAAAGUGCCCGGCAAAGUGCCCGGCAAAGUGCCCGGCAAAGUGCUCGGCAAAGUGCCCGGCAAAGUGCCCGGCAAAGUGCCCGGCAAAGUGCCCGGCAAAGUGCCCGGCAAAGUGCCCGGCAAAGUGCCCGGAAAGCGCAUCCUCACUGUCGAGAACUGUUCUGGGUCGAGAGGCACAGGAAAAGAGGCGUUGCAAAUAUCCUGA